AUGUCGCUUCGUCUGUUCGUCAGGAGGAGAGACACGGGUGCACAGCAUGCACAUUCACGGAGACAGGUAUCCCAUCAUGCCUCGUUCCCGCUACGUCUGCGGCACAGGAUAAACAAACGCAAACGCUACACGGUUCAGAAUGAAAAAACUAGAGCUGAAAAAACUUCAGCUGGCUGCCCAGGCCCAGGCUCAAUACAGGCCUGCCUUGGAUAA